AUGUCAACCGUACUGCAUAUGCCCGCAUUUAAUUCCGCCCCCCAUGGCCCCGCAUUUACGUCCGUCAAUGGUCGAUUGUCUCUGAGUCCACCCGACGACCAAAAGCCAUCUGUUGCCGCCAAAUCUUCUACUUGGACUAUGGUCUCUCCAGACCCCGAGCCUAACCAUCACUCUCCAGACAGCGAUAUAAGCGCAUCCACUGUGAGCAGUGGAGACAAGUCUCCCGAUAGUUCUGAUAAGACGAGGUCGUCCCCUGAAAACCCCAAUAAGAGGAGGCGUUCUGGCUCUGAAGAAGAAGCCUACAGUCAACACAGUCCUGAUCAGACGACUGCCGGCCCCAGGCAACUUCCACCCCCAUACCAGCCCUUGAACCGCAACACAGCCAUGAGUAUAGAAGCCCCUCAGUUGCCAAGUUUGCCUCCAUUAGGUCGUCCAGACGUUGAACGCCGCUGGCAGACCGAGCCCCGUGAACUGCCUCACGCGACUCAUCAUUUCCAACCCCGUGAGCCACGCCCUACGGAACCUACCCGCAACAACGCCAUGUCGCCCGAGUCACGCGAAAUAAUUGAAGCAACUGAAUUUACGCGGGCCGGUGUACAAGUCGAGCUCAAAAAGCGAAAACGGCAAUUUGCCAACCGUACCAAAACCGGUUGUGGAACAUGCAGAAGGAGGAAGAAGAAGUGCGACGAGGCAAAACCCGAGUGCAACAACUGCACGCGAGGCAGCUUCGUCUGUGAAGGCUAUGCCAACAAAGUACCUUGGCCAAAGAAUGGGCCAGCUAAACCGCCUGCAAUACUAGCAAAGGAGAAGUACGCUGCCUAUACAUCAUGCCCAACCUGUCAGGAAAAACAUACUCCCCACUGCGGACCAGCUCAAAGCAGUGAAGCCUCGUACCAGCCGCCCGAGAUGCAUUCAGCCAACGGUACCGAACGUAAAUCUUGGAAAGACUGGAGUGAUCAUACGCCUGCACCGCCACCAGUUCGAGCGGCCUACCAGCCAGAAGUGCCGCCGCCGCCGCCACCACCCCCGGCACAGUACAUGCAACCUGCGACAAACCACUACGAGAGACCCUCAAGCCACGACCGUCAACCGGUAUCCCAACAGCAACAACAACAGCCGCACCAUAGCUCUCGUGGUUACCAUGCUCCACCAAGCACGAACCACCUCGCCGUCAACACUGCUGUCCCUCCCACCACCAUGGUCGCCAAGCCUGUCCAACAGCUACAUGUGGCACAGCAGCAUCCACGACCACCGCCUCCCCCACCAUCAACAUCCUUGGCACCUACGCGAUCUCCGACACGUUUUUCAGAGUCAUCUUCAAUGACGUACAGAUCCGAGAAAGACAAGAUGCUAGCUGGGGAGCCAUUCAAUCCCUUCGACAAGACGCUGAUGCAUGAACGCCAUCAAAGCACGCAAGCCCAGUCUAUCUUCAACAGCAAGGCAAACCCCUUGAACGCUUUGGCGAGUGCAUCGGUCGACCACUUUUUCAGACAGAUUUUGAAUGUGAACGCGGGCCGGAGUCGUGAAGGAAAGCAAAUUGAAACACACAUGGGUUCCAAUUGUCAUGUAGCUACGCCCUUUGCCUGCGACUACGGCUACCACCUAAGUAUGGGCGACAAUGUUGUCAUCGGCGCUGAUUGCCAUCUUCAUGACUCUGCAAGGAUUUCCAUUGGAAGGAAUUGCAAAAUCGGAGUUCGAGUCACUAUACAGACUUUGAAGACGCCCACCGACAACAAAUCUCUGAAGGGCAGCAACGGCAAGGAGAUUGCGCAGGAGGUACACAUCGGGGAAAAUGUGUAUAUUGGCGACAACUGUGUGAUUGAGGCUGGCGUUCACAUCGGACCUAACACCAUAGUGCGUCCGGGUUCUGUCGUGUCUCGCUCUUUACCCGCCAACUGCGUCGCUCAUGGAAACCCUGCGAUCAUCCUACCCAACUGA